AAAAUAUCCAUUAUAGCUGCAGUGUUGAAGGAUGGAUUUUCUAUGAAAAGAAAAUGGAUGAAAACUCAAUUAUCCUGGACUUCUGGUGCUUAAAACAUGUAAUGGAUUUGCAGCCUUUUAAGACAAGGUAACUGCAGUUUUUCCUCAUUAGGAACUGACACGGAGUGAUUGAUCAUAACAGGAGAAAUUUUCAUCUGCAGAGUCUCGGGAAACAAGAUAUUCUCCGACCGGUAAUGGGAUGGUUUUCGAAAUGAGCAUCCAGGACUUUGAUGAUCAGACACAGGAUCACUUGUUCCCUCACCGCAAUGGGGGCGUGGACUACCGCGAGGGGUCCUUCAUAUCCGAGGAGGUCAAAGGUUAUCAGGAACCCGGAGUCUAUCACUCGGAUAGUCAGGUCGGGACAGUCUUCAUCAGGAUUUCGGUUCCGGAGCUGAAACUACAGAAAUGUUUGCAGUUUGAGCUAGAUGAAACAGUAUGGCAGGCCAAACAAAGGAUCCUGGGGUCUUUUGCAAAGGAUCUAAAAGAUGCAGUCAACUAUGGUCUGUACUGUCCACCAAUGAACGGGAGGGCGGGGAAAUUUCUGGAUGAAGAGCGGCUGCUGAGAGAGUACCCCCUACAGGGACCCAUAGGAUUCCUGGAGUUCAAGUACAAGAAGAGGGUGUACAAGAUGAUGCAUGUUAAUGUGAGGAAGUUAAAACAGCUUCAUGUAAAGGGCAACCUGAGACAUUUUAUUGACUAUGUCAAAACCGGAAACCUAGAGAAAGUCAACAAGAUGACUAAUAAAGGGCUGGACCCCAACUUCCACGAUUCUGGCACAGGAGAAACUCCGCUGUGUCUGGCAGUGUCCAUGUGUAAGCCCAAGUGUCGGGAGCUGAUCAUCAGCCUGGCGGGCGGGGGAGCCCAUCUAGACUUCAGGAACAAGAAGGGCAUGACAGCCCUCCAUGUCGCCGUGGUAGCAGGCAACUUGGAAGCCAUUAAGACCCUGCUGGACCUGGGGGUGUCCCCCAACCUGAAGGACAGUCGGUCCCUGACUCCCCUGUACUACACUGUCUCCCACUGCACCAGCCCCAGCUGUGUGGAGAUGCUGCUGCAGGAACGGGCCUUCAUUGGAUCCCAGGACGAACAGGGCUGGUUCGAAAUUCAUCACGCUUGUCGACAAGGAUUGGUGCAGCAUUUGGAACACCUCUUGUUUUAUGGUGCAGACAUGGAUGUUCAGAAUGCCAGCGGAAACACGGCAUUGCAUGUCUGCGCAUUACAUAAUCGAGAGUCUUGUUUACGGGUUUUGCUUUUCCGAGGAGCAAACAAAGAAAUACUCAACUACAGCAACCAGUCUCCGUACGAGUGUGCCAUUCUGGCCGGAAACAACGCCAUCGCGGAAAUCCUGGAGGGCCACAAGGAUGACGAUGUUGUUCAGUUCCGUGAGACACCGCGGUUCAGCACCAGACGCCGCGAUUCUGUGGCAUCGGCAGCCAUGUACGCCCUGUACCGCUCCCGCAGUGACCCGCGGAUCAACCACAUCCUGAUCAGCCCCUCCUCCUCCACGCAGAGCUUCUCACACCUACACAACAGCCAGACCACCACAGACUCGUACUCAGGCUCGCGUGGCACUGACUCACCAUGCUCAAUGAGUCUGUCCAGCUCCAGCUCAGGGCCAGGCUUCUUUGGAAAAGGAGCAAGCGCAUCUUUCCCUUUAAGGCGCCCCAUGUCCGUAUGCCAGAGCCAUUUUCCUGAUCAAAACAGGCCUUCUUUAUCCCAGUUUGAGAUCAUGAAAAGGAGACUGACUCCUGCCAACUCAUUCCGUUCAGUGAGAUCUCGAGAUCAACUUGAGCAGGAGUUGCAUAGGGACUUGCAUCGAAGACUGUCUCUGCAGUUUGAGAUCCGAAAAAGGAGUCAGUUUUACCAGAAUCUCACAGUUCCCCAUGCUAACAGGUUCCAAAAUCGGAAUUUGGAACAGGGUAAUAACUCUCAGAGCACUAUGCUUUCGCCUUCGAUGGAAUCUAUUAAUAGUGUGCAGAGUCAAACCCCAAGUCUGAGUACAUUUUCGUCUCAUUCCGGAAAGACAUACGGCAGUUGUCUAUCUGUCGGUGACAACACAUUACACAAGAGGGACCGUAGCAAAAGUCCAAAUCUGCCCAUAAGGAACACUGUGUGUACCUCAGAUUCCACAAUAUACAGGGUGAUCUCAAAACCUAAAAAACACAGAACGCCCAUCAAGAAUCAGACUCAGGUAGACGUGAAUAAACAUGAGGAUGGUUAUGGUAAUGCCAAUAUCUACACAGAAAUCAGCAGUAAGUGUAAAGGACCCCCCAUCAAUAACAGAAAUCUAGUCGGUCGACAGACGAGUGCACCGGCCAGGGAUACGUACAUUUCCUCGUACAUUUCGGCAGACCACUGUCCCCCCGAAGCCACGCUAGAGCUGGAAGUCGAUCACAUUUACGUGUGCACGGAGCGCUACCUCCCCCGAACUCCUGAUGAACUGGCGCUGGAGAAAGGCGACAUUGUGGAAGUUCUUGGGGUCGGAGAACAAGGAUUCUGGGAAGGGAGAGUGAACAACAAUGAAGGGAUGUUUCCCAGUAACUUUGUCCAGGAAGUCAAACUAAGGAGGAAAGCUGGUUCUCUGGGAGACUUGGUCUCGGCCUCUCGACAUGACAUGAUGCUGAACAGGAACACACUGGCUGCCAUAGUACCCAACUUCAGUUUAAUUAGUGAAGUGGAGUCCUGUUAUAAAUUGAAUUCCAUGUCCUCACACCUACCCCAUAGCCUUCAGGUGUUUCUAGCGGUCCAUACAAUGUGUACAGUGACUGAGGCCUUAGUCAACACAAUGACUCAAAAGCCCAUGCCUAAUGGCACUAUUUCUACAGAGGUGAAUAACAACAUCAAGGGACAGCACAAGAAGCACCCGUCCAGUUCCUUUCUAAGUAAAUUCAUAGCCCUCCCCCAAGGACUGAGGGUCAAAUCUAAGGGAGGGGAGUCGAGCGAGGGAAACCAGAGCCCCAGGAGACCGGUGCCGGUGAAAGCGUUACCGUCCGGUGGGUUUAUAAAUCAGCCCCAGGACUUUAUAGAGGAUUUAACUGAAGCAAAUAAUAAUGUGUUUAUUCAUCUGGAACAACGUGAAAAUAAUUCCAGCAAACCUAACAGCCCAUUAACACAGCAUAGUAGGAACCCGAGUGUGUCGUCAUUCGCCAGUUCGCAGGACGGAGGGAGCAUCAACUCGGACGAUUCCCUCACCCCAAGACGGUCGGGCAGGUACAGGAAGCGGUCCUCAUCUACUCCGCCAGACAUCGGCAGACAAAGGUGCUCACCUGUCGACAGGAGAAUCGGACGGCUUGCCAAUCAAUACUACCAGGCCGUGUACAGUAAUAACAACAACAGUAGUAAAAAUGUAAACACCACCAGCACUACAGACCGCACCACUAACUUGUCCUCCCGGCAUUCCAACAGUAGCGAUACAGGCAUCUCCUUGGACAGUGACAGUAGUGACGAUUCCUUUGACUUUGGGGACAUAGAGGAUGUAGACUUUAACAGCAGUUGCUUCUCCCCUCCUCGUGAAAGCAGCACUCCGCUGGAUUACUACUCCCAUCCAUCAGCACCUGUCACACAGCCAGGCAACUUUUCGCCUGCAGGGGUCAAAACUAUGAUGCAUCCACAUUACCUGACAUUACCUAGGAACACCAAGUUUCAAUCAGACAGUCUCGGUCUUGUCAAGGUGGACAAUUCUCUCAGGCCUAUGGCCUACUCUAACGGAACCGUCCCCCACGGAAAGCUCAUGACCGCGGGAGGGUCCCUGAAGCUGAAGUCCCCGGGGUUGGUGGUUUAUAAGCCACCCCCUGGUCCCAGCGGUGAUUUCAUUAUGAUGAGUGAACAUUCUUUGCACAACGGAGGACCUGGCAGUGUGCCAUUUAAAUCCCAAGGUGUAACUGAUAUUCGCGACCUACCCAGCAAUCGAGUGGGACACCAAGAGGCGUCUAACCUGUACAGUUCGCGGGCUUUCUCCUCCAGUAUGCCCACCCUACUGGGGAACGCCACCCCCAAGGAACAGAAGAAGUUCCUGAAGGAAGUGAAGAAGUUGGAGAAGGAGGAGAGGAAGCGGAGAGAGAAAGAGGAGAAAAGGAGAAUCAAAGAGGAGAAGAAGAGAGAGAAGACAUUGAGGAAGCAAAACAAAUAUAUACACAGGACUCUACCCAGGAACUGGGUGUCGGGGUAUGUGGAGAGACCCAUAGAGAAUGUGUAUCAUAGGAGGUCCCAGUUACAGUUUUCGGCUGUGCCUAUUGAAUUUGAGGACGGACCCCCCACCCACAGAUCCAACCCCCCUCCCAACUCUCCCCCUCCCCCUAUUCCCCAGACCCCCCAAACUCUACAGCAGGGACCCAGCCUUAAAGCUCGGGCCUUUUACAACAGUGCUCCGGAUCUUCUACGACUGGAAAAAGUGUAUGGAGGUUCCAUUCGCGGACAACCGAAGGAAAUUUACAGGGAGGCCAACGGCAUUACAAACGGGGGAUUUAGUUUACAUAGGAAUAUUCCUAACACUCACUACUACAGUGAAUAUGCACCAAGAUCGGUCGUGCUGCAAAAAGGCCCAGAGGGAUAUGGAUUUGUUCUACGUGGAGCGAAAUGUAUUAAUGUUUAUCCCAAAAAGGAGUGUUAUGCUGUGGGGGACAAACCCAAACUGGGGAGGGGGUCCAAAAGAAAGAAGCAGCUACAGCAGCAGGGUCAGAGUUCAAAAGCUCUUGAAGCCCAGACCCAAGCCACUGCAGAGCUUGACUUUCGGCCCUCAGCGGAAUUCCCCGCCCUACAGUACCUGGACAGUGUGGACCCAGGGAGCAGGGCCGACCGGGCGGGGCUCAAGACAGGAGACUUCAUCCUAGAGAUCAAUGGAGAGAAUGUGGUGCGGGCAUCACAUGACCGGGUGGUGCAGCUGAUCCGACAGGCUGGGGACACCCUGGCCCUGAAGGUGGUCACCGUCAAACCUCUGGAGAAACCGGAGCACUGGCUACAGCACCACAAUGGGACCAUGACCCUCCCCAACAGAGGUGGUGCCAGACGACAAGCACCCCAGCCCCCACAGCGAGACCCCCAGACUUCCCUGUCUGUUGGCAAAGCCCAAGGCAAGCAGUAUGCCGAGGGCAUGGCUGAACUAGAGAAAACUGUGCAGGAACUAAAUUCUUCUACAGAGGAUCAGCUUGAUCUGGCUUUGGCUGAGUACGAAAAACAAACUGUGCAGUCCGUUGUUUCCUCUGAGCAGAAGACGGCGUCCAUUAGGAGCAAGCAUUCGGCAAAACGGGUCUCAUGUGUGGAACUGGACAAGAUUGAGAAUCCAGACUCCAAAUCUGCCACCUCCAAAGGGAAGGCCAAGGACUACAUGAGUCCGUCGGAAAUCCGCAUCCAGAAAUACCACCACCAGAAGAAAAAUGGAAACUUGGAGAGAUCCAGCAGCACUCCCAGUCUUGUGGAUAAAAAGGAGGCUGUAUACGCUACUCCGACGGUGCCCCCUACUGAACAGAAUGACAUGGGGCACCGGCGGUCCAGCAGUGGUGCUGCAGUCAGUCACAUAUACGCAACCCCGGGGGAGAGGCCCAGGGCUCCUCCACCCCCUCCACCCGCAAAUGCCAUGCAGUCUAGCCCAAAGCGACCGGCACCUGCCCCUCCAAGGCCACAGUCGGAAAUUGUUUCGAUAUCUACAGACCGAAGGAAAUCUGCAAGCAGUAUCACUGAUAGCUUGCCGUCUAGUGACAAACCAUCAUCCGAGUAUGAAUCCAGUUUCCGACCUGGAAUUUAUGCUCAGCUGAGCACCGAACCAAAGAUUUCCACUCCCUCUCUUCAGCAAGUGAAACUUCGCUCUCACAACAGAAAUUCCAGUCAAGUGUCUCUGCAGUCGAAUGAUUCAGGUGGAAGCAAGCACAGUGAGGAGAAAUUGGGAGUGACAUUUGCUGAUGACAAAAUUCAAGACCACGCCAAUCAGUUCCUACAAAAACAUCCCAAUGCUCAGCUGCUGGUGACAGCAGACGUGCACGCCAAGAACAAAGACAAGAAAGUGUCAGAACCUGAGCCGGAUUACGAUAUUGACGAAUCGGAUGCAAAAACAAAUAAAGUGACUGUUAUAAGUGUGGGCGGUGGAAUAGACACUUCUAAAAAGUUCACUGUGAAAUCGGACAUACCAUCAGGAGGUGGGGGCAGAAUCAUUCCCCCACCCCCCUCUGAACCGGCUCCCAAGCCUCCCAGUCAUAAACCACCCUCUCCUCUACCAAAACCAGUAAAACAAGACGUAGAAGUGAGAUAUAGUCCUUUAUCUGACAAAAAAUUGGAUGUGGACUCUAACAUGAAAAACUUUGAAACUUCAUCAGUGAAAUCUGAGGAGCCUUUGUAUUCUACUGUAACAAAAUCUUCAGAACCGGAACCACCUAAGGCUCCACCAGCACCACCUGCACCUCCACCCCCACCACCUGCACCGCCAGCCCCAGGGGUGUCAGUUCCCGUAGAAAAACCCAAAACACCACCCCCACCUGUCAUGGAGAAAAAACCAAAAGCUGCAGUGCAGGGCAUUCCCUCAAAAGAUAUCAUGGAGGCUGUUCUUUUAAGGAAGACAAGAAUUGAGAGUGAAGGGAUGAAAAUUUCCAAAGGGCCCAACAAGGAGGCCCCAGUGAAGGACGGUAAUGACCUCAGGAACAGAAUGCUGGACAACACGCACAGUGCAAUAUUGGCUGCUGUGGCCAAGAGGAGAGCUCUUCUGGAGGAGAAGGAUUCCGAUCACUCAGUGGCAGAGGACAUCGAAAACCGACUACAGAAAACCAAGAAAUUGCAGUCUGCAAAGUACUUUUUCUCAAGUGAAACUAUUCAAAAGAAGAAUGGAGAAAAGACAAACAAAAUUGAAACAAAGGCCGAGAAUGGUCCAAAGGAAAUUACACCCACCAUCGUUAAACCAGCAACACCGACUACGGUCUCCUCCAGAACAACAAAACCACCUAGUCCUGUACCCAGCAAGAAGACAAAACCACCCAGUCCUGCUCCUGUCAGGAAGAUUAGUCCACCCACACCUGGAGCCAAAACAUUGCCAUCCGCUACAAAGUCCACAACAUCAGCAGCAUCCACAACAGGAUUCGCACGAACUGUGGAGAAAACCCAGGCUGCACCAAAACCAAUCUAUUCAUCUUCUGCAAAACCUCCAAGUCCAAAAUUGAAGAAGGCACCAAGUCCAGUCCCUGUCAAGAGUCCUGUGGCAGAGACUGCAUCCGACAAGCCUAAAGAAACUAAGUCUGAGACUCUUGCCAAUACAGAGAAGAAAGAGAGAGAUGAAAACGAGGAUCUUCUGGCCAAAGCAGAAAAAGCUAGACUGGAUUGGCUACAGAAGAAGUCUAGCACUACAUCCUUAAAGUCUCCAAGGGAUGUGGCCAGAAAUCCUAGCAAGCUGAAUUCUCCCCGAAGAACAGCCUCGAAAGCAGGUGCUAAUACAGAGGGUACCAAUGCCAAGAAGGAGACUUCUUCGCCUACCAAGAGUACCCCCAAGACAAAUGGAAUGACACUUCCAUUGAAAACUGAGCCAAACAACACAAGUGUUCAACCAAAAGCCAAGAGCCCAGUUCAGAUUCAACCUGCAAAGUCAACGGAAAAAAGUGGGAUCACUCCGAUGAAGACUACAAAGGAAUCCGAUUUACUGUUGAAAAACAAAAACAUAAGAGACCGCAUCGCAAACUUUGAAAAGGGGAAACCUGUUGUGAAUGGGAAAUCGGACCCCGAUUCUAAAAUUCCUGUGCAUGGAGUUACGGUGGAUAGUUCUGUGACGGACAAGUCCCCUGCCCUUCCCCCACCCCCAGAAUUUGGGGACAGUGUACAACUGGAAAUUAUUCCUCCCCCUUCAGGGUUUAACCUGAGUGACAAUUUAGAGUCCCCCACCUACAACUCUGCGUUCCAUCACAGUGACUCCUCGUCGGUGUCCACGCUCUCUACUCUAUCGGACGACCACGUGGACGCUAAAAUGAAACAUUCCUACGAGGACUUAAUUGCCCCGCCUCCACCCGGGUUCGGUGACAAUAACGAGGACUCUUUACCGAGUGUCAUUCCCCCACCCCCAGACUUUGGGGAGAGCAAAGCUGGGGUGAAAUCAAAUCAGACUGUGAAUAAGCCAUUCUUGUCCAAACCUUUGUCGAGUUGGCAGUGUCUGGAUGUGCUGGACUGGUUAGAUAGCAUACAAAUGGCCCAGUACAAGAAGAGCUUUCAGCAACACUGUAUCGACGGCAAAAAACUGGGAGGACUACAGCGCAACGACUAUAUUCAGCUCGGUGUGACUCAGGUCGGUCAUCGGAUGACCAUGGAACGAGCCAUUAAGAAAGCCAGUAACAUUAUCACUGGCACCCAUUUGUGAUUUUUUAUUUCACGUGCUGGAGCUGUUCAAAGAAAGAUAACUCUUACUUGUUCUGAGUCACAGGAACGUCAUGUGGAGAAUUUCGCUUUAUGUGAUUUAUUAUUUUUUCGUGGAAAAAAAAAUUGAGAGGAUUCUUUUCAUUUGGACUUGUGAUCAUUUCUUGGAACAAAAAUCCCAGUGCUAUUAAUGUGAUGGGUGGUCUUCCAUAUUUAAUAUUUCAUAACUUUAAGGACAUGCAAGACAGUUAUUUACUCGGGUUGUGCAUAUAUCAAUGUAUUCAUGUGAUUACACUAUUACACUAUAUUAGCCAGUGACAUAAACAAAAUAUUAUUAUAUAUAUUGUAUUCACAUAUGAAUUUAUUUUUCCCUUCAGAAAAAAAUGUGCCAAUGUAGAAAAUGAAAUAUUCUGUUUCCUUUUCUUGAUAUGUUUAUUAUCAGAUACAUGUAGUUAUAUCCCAAUUUCUUUUGCUUCAAGAGCAAACUAUUUACAAUAUGUAAAGCAUUAUGAAAAAAACUUAUAUCAUUUUUUAUUUUGCAUUAUAUCACAUAUGGAAUAUGAAAAGCAUUACGACUAUUUCAACUAAUUCAGGUAUUUGUGAUAAGCUUCCAUGAUUUUAAUUUAGCGCGUGUUUUGUACAGUUAUGAUAUAGACUUUGGACAUAAAGAAACAGUCUUUGUGUAGAAGUUGGGUUGAAUUCUUAAUAUAAGGCUGCAAGGAAUGCUGUGCUGGCAUAGCAUCUACAAAGUUAACACACAGUCUCUGCUGCAAUUAGGAAAAGCAUAGGAGGCAUAUUGGACUUUCUAUAGUUAUGCUCCAGGGUUAUAGAUUUUUUUUGUUAAAUUUGCAUUUUUUUUAUCUUUUAUGAUAAACCUGGUUAAUUAUUGACUGAAGUGGUUAUUGUCUGUAGUAUACAACAAGAAAUGAACAAAAUAUACAAAGGUAUUGCAUCUGUAAAUUGUUCAUUUGCUUUCUUCCUCUCAUUUUAUACUUGUUUUUACUUUUGGAUGAAGUUUGCAGGAAUUGCAUGCUAGGCCCAUGCUUCUAGCUUGGACAAAAGUUUACAGAUUAAUUUUUCUCUUCACGAGCUGAAUUGUUGAUAUAGUGCCAUGGUGGAGAAAGAGUUGUCAGUGUUAUUUCUACAAAACAACAUUACAACAACAACAAUAACAAAUCAACAACAACACACACACACACUCACACACACAGCCAGUUCAUUUUGUUGUAUGUAUGAAUAAUUUAUUUUUUACAGAAAUAAGAAAACAAGUUUACGAAGCAUUCUUUUAUGGACUCGAUUGUCAUGUAUAUUUUGUUUGUAUAGUUAUAUAUAAUUGUAAGUUAAUUUGACAAAAACAAUUUACGACAUUAAAUAUUUAAGAAAAAAUUAAA